UCGUCUACCUCCGAAAUGGAUACCAAAUUUUUGUGAGAUUCAUCCAAACCCUAAAACGCUUAAGUCAGGGUUUAAAGGAAGGAAGACAGCGCAUUUAUUUCUGAGAAGAUGAACUCACUGGCUAUCCGAGUUUCCAAGCUUCUGAGAUCCUCUCCUCCUCUUCUUCACCCAAAUCAUCUGCUUCAUGGGAGGUCUUGGUUCUCGACUGGUCCCAUCGACGAGGAAGGGUUGGAAGAAGAUUUCGAAGAAACCAUCUCAGAAAGACCCGAGCUUCAGCCUCAGGGUGUUGAUCCCCGUAAAGGUUGGGGCUUUCGCGGUGUCCACCGGGCCAUCAUUUGUGGGAAGGUAGGUCAAGCACCGUUACAGAAGAUCUUGAGGAACGGGCGGACAGUAACCAUCUUCACUGUUGGAACAGGGGGCAUGUUUGAUCAGAGGCUUAUGGGAGCAACUAACCAGCCUAAACCUGCUCAGUGGCAUAGAAUCGCUGUCCACAACGAAGUGCUUGGCUCUUACGCUGUCCAAAAGCUCGCUAAAAACUCGUCGGUUUAUGUCGAAGGUGAUAUUGAGACUAGAGUGUAUAAUGACAGCAUCAGCAGUGAAGUGAAGAGUAUCCCUGAGAUUUGCAUUCGUCGUGAUGGCAAGAUUCGGCUGAUCAAAUACGGGGAAAGCAUUAGCAAGAUCUCCUUCGAUGAGCUAAAAGAAGGAUUGAUUUAGUCGGAGCAAGAAUAUCCCUGUGGCCGGAGGACACACUGAUUCAACGUUUUGGCUGUCCAUUGUGAGAGAGCUCUGAGUUUUUUCUUAUGAAUAUCAAGGCCAUUUAUGUAAUUGUCGAUCAAAACUAAGCUAGUUCUGCGUCUGUUCCUUAGUAUAAGCUGCUCGUCACCAAACACAUUUUGUCUGGCUGGUUUUUAUCAUAGCUGUACUACUGCCCAUCAGUAAUUUAGCCUGCUAAAUUACAAAUUUGAUGAAGACUUUUUUUGUUCUCAUACAAAAAGACUAUUCCUCAUUUUCCAUA